GAUGAAAUCAUCUAAAUGUGCUUCCAAGGUGUGCUCCGGCAAAACUACACCAAUGAUCGAAUGUUUAUGGUCCCAGGUUUCCGGCAAAUGGUUAUCAACGUUCUCGGCGAAUGGUUUCCAUGGCCAACGAACAGAUUUUUCGGCAAUACAUUCAAAUACCUGUACGAGCAAUAUGCAAAAAACGUGCAAACCAACCUCAAAACGCAUUGCGAACAGCGUUUUGAGAAAGUUCUUCAAAAUGCGUUGCUACGAAUUGAACCACAUGUGUCUGUGUGGAGAUCUCGAGUUGAACGAAUUAUUCGAUGGUGACGACAUCAAAAAUGCCAUCAACUACACCAUACAACCGAAGAGAUUCAACGCGUGGCAAUGCAAAUGCCAUACGGAAAUUGGAAAUACUGUUGGCGGAGCUGUAUUGGAUUGGAGCACCUUACAGACCAGAUGACCCACACCCAUUCAACAUCAGAGAAUUCGUUGAACUCAAUUGGUUCCAAGCAUUGCUCAUGUUCAUUAAUAUACAGCGUGAUAUUCAUAACUUUCACCUCUCGUUUGCCAAUCUACGCCAAAGUUGGAAUCUGUUCCGAAAAUAUCCGCUCUAUGUGCAACAGCCAGAAUUUCCAGAGCCGCCUGAAAUCACCACCUUCACAGUCAUUCCGAAGUGCACAUUCCAGCGCCGAUACGUGAAAAUUGAUACAGAUGCAUUGUACAACAUUUUAAAGGGCGUCAAAGCAAUGCCGCGGACAAAAAGCUCUCGAGUCUUACGAAACGGCGAAGUCCAACAGCGCUACAUCUCACAGACUGAAUUCAAGGAGAGAGGAGGCUGGCGUUUGUUUUUCAACAUGGACGAAAUUAUCAAGUUAGUCAAGAAUAAGAAGGAAUUCGGCGAUUCGAUAAUAUCAGAUGGUGUGUCAGCGUCGGUGUUAUUCAAAUUGCCGAAACAGAGCAAAACUGUUACUGAUGAAGAAGAGGCCGAAAUCAAACGAAAAUAUUUCGCAAACGAAUUCGCGUAUGCAUUGGGAAUUGAUCCAGGCAUGCGAACCUUUAUUGCGUCGGUCCGCCUCGAUCUAAAGACCGGCGAAGAGACCAACGAGAAGAUUUCGUUCAAACAAUACCAUCAGAAAUCGAAACAAGAUGCGCGCAAUAUUAAAGCCGACCGAAUGACACGAGUCUUUACGUAUGACGAACAAGCGGACCUCAAGCGUAUCGCCGCAGAGAUUGGCCAGACACCAUCGCCACGGAAUAUCUCUUGGCGCCAUUACAUCGAACAUCGCCUGCGAAUGUCCCAAGAUGGUAUCGCGGCAUACAGUCAGAAAAACUAUGCACGCUUACGUUUGGACAAACACAUUGAAUGGCGUCGUGCAAUUGAUCUCAUCGCCGGUAAGCUGGUACAUUUCAAGACAGCUAACAUCAACAUCGGAGCAGCCGAAAUUUCAACAAAUUGCCCGAUCCGAAUCAAAAAGUACGUGCGGUGUCCAGGCGUUCGCAAGCUGAGUGCAGCCUUCAAAAGACGUGGCAAUUGUGUCGUUCGGUUGGUGGAUGAAUACAUGACAUCGCAACAUUGUGCCCGAUGCGUCAAACGGUUCCCGAUAUGGACGAAGAGCAAACGAUACAAGAAGUGCAACGAUUGCCAACCAGAUGAACGUGUUGGACUUCCGAGAACCAUCUAUACGAACGUGAGCAAACGAGUGUUGCAAAUGCAACGGAAAAUCAUGCGUACAUGGGAGGAAAUGCGCGACCAAGGUGAUGCUAUUGCAGCCAUUCUAACCCAACGAAAUUCAGGACGUUUGGUGUCAAAGAAGCAACGCUUCUUCAAAACCUGGCAACCAAAUGCCGCUGAAAACGCUGGAACAGAAGACGCUGCACAAUCACGCAAGUUGCUCAAAUCACUUUGUCAUCGGGACAUAUCAGCAGCCAAACUGAUCAUGUACAAAGGUCUUUGCACGCUGCUUGACAUUCCGAUACAUCCAGCAUUGCUGCGACGACCAGACGACGACGGCGUUCCACUCAAUCCAUAAAUCAAAAUCCAGCGUUUAGCAUUAAAGUUUUUUUUUUAACAAAUAUUUUCUAAUAGUUUAUUAGAGUUCUCAAGCCUUGCACUUAGUGGGCUAUUUUAAGGUUUAUAAGGUGUCUAACUUUAUUUAACGCAGUACAUGAGUGGUUUUAUAGACGUUAUUUGAUGAUCACAAUGGGUUUGACAAUGUCGCCGCAUUCUUUGGAUAUGACUUGUUCAAUGCAUCAUAUCACGGUUAUGAAAAACACCCUAAUGUACAUAUGUAUGUGCGUAUGCGCGAAAUUGAAAAAAAAAACAAUUACGUAAAGAAAUGAACAAUGAAAUAAAUAUUGGGUUUAAUUUGACACAAUAAAAGUUAAACUAUUGAAAAAAAAUGAAGAAAUUACGAUCUUAAAUUGUUUAAAAAAAACCAUCCGUUUAUCAUACCAAAUGCUGUUUUUCGAUGUUUUAUCAAAAAAAUAUAUGGACUGUAUAGUUUAAAAAAAAAAUGCAGGCUGAUUGUUUACACUUUGCUGAAAAAAUACCCGGGAUUUGUGAAAUAUUCGUUGAUGGCCUUUUCGGAAUAAUAUUUUUUUGUCAUGCUUAUACAAUCUACCUUUGUCCAAAUUUGAGCCUGAUCUUAUCAUUGGUUUGCUGUGGACACUGGACAGUGCAUAUCAGACGACUUUAGGCACUUUUUUGGAAAUGAAUAUAUUUGGUAAUUUUUAGGCAGAGGGUAUCAUUUAGAGAACAUUAUACUAAAUGUUCAGAACAAAGUGUCUAUCUAUUUCUGGAAAUAUGCGUAAUUUUGUUCAGAGAAUCAUUUCAGCAUAGAUAUUCAAUUUUCUGAUGAGAUCUCAGUAAUUGAAUGCAGUGAUUACGAACUUCGCUGUGAGUAAACGAGCGCUCUACAUUCAAGCGCGGACUUUGAUACACAUUGACUUACACAUAAUCGGAGUGAGUGUGCGUGCGAAAGAAGAGAAGAGAGGAGAGACGAACGAAAUGUGUUGCAUCGAGCGAUGCAAAUGAAUGUCCACUUGACACAGUGUCAGUGUGACGAAUACUUACUCUUUGUUUCUUGGAAUUGUUGUUCCUUCUUCUUUUUCUUCUAACAAAUUGGUUGGCAGCACAAACACAAGCAAAAAAAUCACAUUCGAAAAAUAAACAAAACAAUAUUUGAUUAUUUUGUUGGUGUGAAAAACAAAAACAUUCCAAGAAACAAAGAGUAAGUGUUCGCCACACUGACACUGUAUCAAGAGACGUUCACUCUCAUCAUUCAAUGCGACAUAUUUCGUUCAUCUCUCCUCUCUUCUCUCAUGUUCGCGCUUUAAUAUAGAGAGCUCAUUUACUCACAGCGACGUUCGCAGCCACUGCAUUCAGUUACUUAGAUCUCAUCAGAAAAUUGAAUAUCUAUGCUGAAAUGAUUCUCUGAUUUUGUUAAACAUAUCCUUGCUUUCGUGCAAAAUAUACGAACUAAGCACAACUAAAUACCAAAUCUAAUAACCUCCACAAAUAGUGGGUAUUUUUUCCGAAAUUUUUUAUAUUAUGUUCUUCAUUUCUUCUUGAUUAAAGGUGUCAAAAGGACGGACUGUCCGUCUUUCUUGCUCGUUGGUCCAUCCGUUCAAAGCCCCGUUUCAGUUGAAUUUCAUCAUCAUAUUUGGUAACAUUGCGAAAAACAGCAUUUUAUUUGAGAAAACACAUUUUUUGCCAGUCUAAACAUUUGACGGGUACUGUAUAAUUGUGCUUUGUCAUUGCAUAAUAUAUUGAGAUAUAUAGAAUUUUUUCCACUUUCAAAAUGUAGGAAUUUAAAUAGUUGUGGCCAAUUGUGAGCAAUUGUAUAGUCAUUUUGCUAAACCCUGAAUGUGAAUUCAUUUCGAUAAAUCGAAUGAAAUCACAGUUUCUACAGAAAAAACUGAAAACUUGUUAAGAAAAUAAGGAAGCAUUUGUACAGAGAAUGAAAAUGAAAAGAGGACAGUCAUUUUUUCUAAAUAAUUUUAGAGAGAGAGAGAGAGA